AUGGCGUCCUCCGAGACGCCUCCUCCGUCUAUCAGGCAGGGGGUGAGGAUAGUCCCGCCGGACGGCCCUGUGACUAUGGAGGAGGUGUUGUUGGCUGUCAGAGAGCUGGUAGGUCAUAGUAAACUGUUUCAUGCCUCACGCAUGAACAAAGCAGUGGUGGCGUUUCUGAAGGACCAUCAGCUGAUUGAGUCCGGGGUGGUUGUCAGGGACUUGUUGGUGCAGGUUUCCCCACUGUCAGUGCCAUCCACGCGGAUCACCGUAUCCGGUGUCCCGCCGUUCAUCCCGAACGUCCUGCUGGAGAACGAGCUCUGUAGGUUCGGCAAAAUGGCAAGCGGGUUCCGAACAGUUAGUUUGGGAUGCAAAGAUCAGAAACUGAAGCAGGUCCAGUCUAUGAGGCGGCAGGUUUUCAUGUUCCUGGAGUCUCCCACACAGACACAGGAGGUAUCCUUCAGGGUGAAAGAAGGUGAAGGGCUUUACAUGGUGUACGCCAGCUCGGGACACAUGAAAUGUUUAGAGUGUGGAGAUGUUGGACAGAAAAGAUCAGCAUGUCCAAACAAACAGCAGGAAAUUGGUUGUAGACUGUAG